UACGCAAACAGCAGGGAACUUAUGCAGUUGAAGAUCCUCCACUUAAGCGCAGUAGGGAUGAGGUGGCCAACUGGAGGGCUGCUUUGGAGGAAGCAGCCAAUAUGUCUGGGUUUCAUUAUUCCAGCAAAACAGGGACGACAGAGGCCGAUUUUGUUGAGAAAGUUGUUCAAGAUGUUUUGAACAAAUUGAAUCGCGAAUCGUCAAGUGAUUUAAAGGGCCUGUUUGGGAUUGAAAAGAAAAUUGAGAAAAUUGAGUCGUUAUUAUGCUUGGAUUCACCAGGUGUUUGCUGUGUAGGUAUUUGGGGCAUGGGUGGUAUUGGCAAGACUACCCUUGCUGAUGCUGUAUUUCACAGGCACUCCUCUAAAUUUGAAGCUACUUGUUUUCUUGCAAAUGUCAGGGAGAACUCAGAACAAACGAAUGGACUACAUCAGUUGCGAAAUACACUUGUUCGUGAUUUAUUAAAGGAUAAAGAUGUAAAUAUCGACACUCCGUCCAUACCACCUUAUAUUCAAGACAGGCUCAGGUGUACAAAGGCGCUCAUUGUUCUUGAUGAU